GGUAUCUCUUGGAAGAUGCUUGAUGGCAAGCUCAAUGGCAUUUGGGUUCCUUGAGAGCUAGGUGCGUAGCUAGGUCCAGGGUACCUCUCUCCCCAGCUCGCGGAACUCCCUUUCUCCCUCCUUCCAAGAAAGCAUUCCUCAAUUCCCUCCAACAACGAUGAGCCGUCUCCACAUAAACAAUGCCCGCCUCCUCCCACUCCAAAGGCGAACUUUCACUGCCUCCGCCCUUGCCCGCGGCAUCCGCCAGGCACCAGACUCGGACACGGUCCGGUUCCCUGGCGCGGUAGAAUCCCGCUUCACGAACGAACUCACCUUCCAUCGGCCGCAGGAUGUCCCGGCAAUGCCCACAUAUCGGUAUAUCAAUGCUGAGGGUGUAGUCGUCGAUAACAAGGUGCAGCUCGGCAUUGAUCGGGAGAAGGCGAGGAAGAUGUAUAUGGAUAUGGUCACCACUUCUGUUUUGGACCUGAUUAUGUUUGAUUCCCAGCGGCAGGGGAGGAUUUCGUUCUAUAUGGUCUCUGCAGGAGAAGAGGGCAUCUCGGUUGGCUCGGCGGCGGCGCUGGAUCCCGACGAUGUGAUUUAUUCGCAGUACCGGGAGCAGGGCGCGUUGAUGUAUAGAGGAUACACACUAGACGAAUUCAUGAACCAGCUCUUUGCCAACAAGCACGAUUAUGGCAAAGGCCGCAACAUGCCGAUUCAUUACAUGAGCGAACGUCUGCACCUGCACCCAAUUUCCUCCACCCUUGCCACGCAAAUCCCCCACGCCGUCGGUGCCGCCUACGCCAUGAAGCUCGAAAACUCCAGUAAUAUAGUCGUCUGCUACUUUGGUGAGGGUGCGGCCUCCGAAGGCGACUUCCACGCGGCCCUGAAUAUAGCGGCAACCCGUGACUGCCCGGUAGUCUUCAUCUGCCGCAACAACGGGUACGCCAUUUCCACUCCGACGUUGGAACAGUACAAAGGCGAUGGCAUUGCCUCCCGCGGUAUGGGCUACGGAAUCGAAACCAUCCGUGUGGACGGAAACGACAUAAUGGCAGUAUAUGCAGCUACGCAGGCGGCGCGCAAGAUCGCUUCCGAGUCGCAGAAACCAGUGCUCAUCGAAGCAAUGUCAUACCGUGUCUCCCACCACUCCACAUCCGACGACUCGUUCGCUUACCGCGCCAAAGUCGACGUUGAGGAGUGGAAGCGUAGAGACAAUCCCAUCACGCGCUUCCGAAAGUGGCUCGAGGUGAAGAAGUGGUGGAGCACGGAUGAGGAAACAGAAUUUAGGACGCAGGUGAGAAAGGACGUGCUCAAGGCUUUCGCGAAGGCAGAGAAGGAGAAGAAACCGCCGGUAAAGGAUAUAUUCACGGAUGUGUUCAAGGAGACCACGCCGGAGUUGCUCGAGCAGCAAGAGGAGCUGAGGAGAGUGUUGGAUGCAUAUCCGGAUGAGUAUGAGCUUGGCGACUUUGAGGGAGGAAGAAGCGGUACAUGAGGGGCGGGCUGUACUGAGUGAAGUAGAGUGUUGGAAUGUAGAUAUUAUUCCCUACUGUAGCGAGACUUUGCGUAUGUGCUGAAUAUUACACAUCUAUUUAAUGCCG